AUGUAAUAAAGCUUAUACGUUGAUAAAUAAAGAAGAUCUAAAGAACGAUAUGUUUAUGAAGCAAACAAUCUUGUUCAAUAAUGGAGAGAUUUAUUUGAGAAUGGGUAUAAGGAUUAUGCUGGAAAUUUUAUAAAACCUUCUCUUAAAGAAGCAGCUAAUCUAGUUGGAUGUUCAAAGAAAACUUUGGAAGAUUAUUAUAGCUAAAUUUGAAA